AUGGAAGAUUGUCAUCCUCUAUUGAGAGGAGGUAGAAGAAAAGAGAAAGGUUAUAGCCAUGGAUUAUCAACCACUCACAUGCAUGUUUUGGCUUCCAUUUGUGACACCCUUUUUCCUUCUAUCCAAUUCAACAAUGAAAAUCAACCACUCUCAUCCUUUUACACAACUUCUGGUUCUCAAUUCCCAUUUCCUGAUGAGGGUGCAGAGUUAUUGAUGUUGUUCAAGAGGAGUGUACCAGAAGCAUUACCUUUGGUGAAGUGGAUUCUAAGGAUUCUGUCAUUCAGGUUAGGGACACUGUUGCUUUGUGGAACCUAUUGCUUGCAAUGGAAGUGGCCAUUUGUUCUUAAAUUCUCUGAGAUUGCAUUGGAAAAGAGACAAGAAAUGCUAAAGAGUUGGUCGAAUGCGAAAUGUUGGUGGUUGCCUCUAAGGGAUGUGUUUGUGUUGCUCAAACUUAGUUUCUUCUAUACUUUGUUCUCAAGGACAGAUGAAAAUGGAAAUAAUCCAAUGUGGAAGGCAAUAGGGUACAAGGUGGACACCAGGGAAAAGUUGAAACCAAAGAAAAGGCCUCUCCAAGAAGGACUAAUAGAGACUACGCACGAAACUGAUUCUACAUUAAUCCAAUCUCUGAAUGAAAAAGGCCUUGAAGUCACUGAAGACGAAGAAAAGAACUUGUACAAGAUCAAAUGUGAUGUUGUCGUUGUCGGUUCUGGUUGCGGUGGAGGAGUUGCGGCUGCAGUUCUUGCAAAGUCAGGUCAUAAAGUGAUCAUCCUAGAGAAAGGAGAGUAUUUUGUUUCUCAAGAUUAUUCUUCCCUGGAAAACUCAUCGAUGGGCGAGCUAUACGAAUCAGGUGGCAUCAUGCCAACAAUUGACGGUAAAACGAUGAUCUUGGCUGGCUCAACAGUAGGUGGAGGUUCAGCUAUAAACUGGGCUGCAUGUGUAAGAACACCAGAUUCUGUCAUGAAGGAAUGGUCUGAAAAAUAUAAAUUACCACUUUUCGCUAGCUCCGAUUAUCGAUCUGCUAUGGAUUCGGUAUGCAAAAGGAUAGGUGUCACAGAUAAAUGCAACAAGGAAAGCUUUCAAAAUCAAGUUCUUCGAAAAGGGUGUGAGAGUAUCGGUUUAAAAGUUGAGUCAGUUUCUGUGAAUGCUUCAGCAGAUCAUUAUUGCGGUUCAUGCAAUUACGGUUGUAGAACAGGAGAUAAAAAGGGAACCGACUCUACUUGGUUGGUCGAUGCUGUAGAAAACGGCGCAGUUAUCCUCACUGGAUGUAAAGCUGAGAAAUUCAUUCUGCAAGAUGGAAAAAAUGGAACAAAGAGAAAGAAUUGCUCAGGAGUGACUGCUGCAGCAAGUUGGAAGACGGACUACGAAAUCCAAACAUCGGAAACAACCUUCAUCUCCACCCUGUUCAAUUUGUUUGGGGCUAUUUCCCUGAAGACAUGA